AUGCUUCUGGCCUUCUCGGCUAAGAGCGAGGAAUUGGAUAUCUUGAUGUUGAGUUUGACGUUUGGGAAUGUUGAGGUUAAGAAUUGUCUACGCAAUGUAGUCACGCUGUUUCAUUACAUUGAGAAAGAGAGGGCGUGGAGGAAGGAGAAUGGCAGGCCGGAGGGGUUUGAGACGUUGAGUGCGAGGAAACCUAUUGUUGCUGUUGGUGCCGAGGAGCCAUUGGCGGAACAUAUGAUGGUCGCGGAUUUCUUCCAUGGGAUCGAUGGGCUGGGAGGUAUACAUCAUAGUCAUCCACAUCUCUCACCAGAGGAGACAUGGAAGUCGCUCUUCACACCUCAGCCGAAGAACAUGUCGGCUGAAGAAACCAAGGCGCUGCAAAAGGUCAAGGAGAAACACUCGCUCUUCACGCCAUCGCUGAAGCCUGCACACGAAGUCAUGCUGGACUUGUUGAGGGAAAAUGAGCCUGAUACGGUCACCAUUGUAGCAGUCGGACCUCUGACCAAUCUUGCUAUUGCUGCUGCGCAAGAUCCCGAGACGUUCUUGAAAGUCAAGGAGGUAGUCGUCAUGGGCGGUGCUAUCGAUGCGCCUGGAAACAUGACCCCCGGCGCCGAAUUCAACACCUACGCCGACUCCGUAGCCAGCGCGCGCGUCUUCGCCCUCACAUCCGCAAACCCGCACCUCACCAUGCCCCCCUCGCUCUCAAACCCCCAGAAGAAGCACCAACUACCCCCCUACCCAAGAACGCUCAGCAAGCGCCUAACCAUCAAGCUCUUCCCACUCGACACAACAGAACUACACGUCCUGCCCAAAACCAUGUACGAAGACUACAUCGCCCUAAAACCCAUCCACGGCUCCCCCCUCUCCGAAUGGACAAGCCUAUUCCUCACAUCCACAUUCGCGAAAAACUUAUCCCUGAACCCACAACAAGACCCCACAAAAUCCGGGCUUCAACUACACGACCCCUUGACCAUCUG